AUGAAUAUAUAUACGAGCCGCAGUCCAGGAAUCUAUCUUCGCUUUUCUUCUCUUCAGUAUUCUGUCUCCCUCCAGGACCUGAAAGCUGGCAACGGCCCCAAGAUGCACGGCUACAAGAAACUUACGGCGAGCUGCGCGCAAGCUUUGCUGGAUGGCUUCGAUUACAUUUGGGUUGAUACAUGUUGUAUUGAUAAGACAAGCAGCGCAGAGCUCUCUGAAGCUCUGAAUUCAAUGUACCAAUGGUACCGCAGAGCUGAGGUGUGUUAUGCCUACUUAUUCGACGUGGAGGAAGACUCAGUGACAGACGGUUCGAGCUUUUAUAACAGCGCCUGGUUUACGAGAGGGUGGACGCUGCAGGAGCUUAUUGCGCCUGCUACUGUGGAAUUCUUCAACGGCGCAUGGGAGAGACUUGGGACAAAGGUCGACUUGAAAGAGGCCAUCUACAACAUCACGGGCAUCCAUCGUGAUGUCCUCACGGGCAUGUUGGAUCUCCAGUCUUUUUCCAUUGCUCAACGAAUGUCUUGGGCUGCGCGCAGAACGACGGCCAAAGUAGAGGAUAUGGCCUACAGCUUGCUCGGUAUAUUUGACAUCAACAUGCCAAUGCUAUAUGGCGAAGGGGAGAAAGCCUUCUUGCGGCUUCAGGAGGAAAUUAUGAAGCAGUCAGACGAUCACACACUGUUUGCCUGGAAGAGCUCCGACCCAAAUUACCGUGGCUUGUUUGCGAAAUCCCCUGCUGCAUUCAUCGACAGUGGCCGUCUGAUCCCGUCUGCCGUGAAGUGGAAUGACAGUCCAUACUCCCUUACAAACAUGGGGCUUUCCAUCGAGCUGCCGAUGGUCGAAUGGUCUCUAGGCGUGUACCUUGCUGCGCUCGACUGUGAAACGGAGGGAGUUGAAAAUAGUCGUGUUGGUAUAUAUCUUUCUGACCUCCCAGAAAAGAAUCAAUAUGCAAGGGCCAUGCUCGAAGGUGUCGACCUUCCUCGAUUUUCCACCAGCCGCCAAAGCGAAUACCGGAACAUCUACGUGAGACAGAAUAUCCGCGGCUCGCUGCAGCCCACACAACGCGAGUAUGGAUUCUGGAUUCGGCGCAUGCCAAAACCAAGCUCUUCUCCGGAUGCCACUUUCGAUGUGACCGCGUGGAACAAGUGGAACAAGGAGGAACUCGUUUUCACAAUUCCCAAGGGGGAGAGCGGAACGGCGGUAGUUAUACGAUAUCAGCUUGAGGAGGGCCGUGUGACCAAUCUGAAGUUGGGGUUCGACUCCAUGUUCAAUCCUGUAUGUCAGUUUGGUGGGCAAUAUUACUCGCCAAAGACGUUCGGUUCGCCGCAUCGAGACACUUUCAAGGGCAUAAUGGCAACUGACUGGAUGAAUGGUCGACUAGACGGUGUGUAUGUUGGCAACAAGCAGACUGGACUGAAUAUUGACGACUUCCACCGCAUCUUAAUAUUGAAGGAGAUUGUGAAGGGUAAAGAAAUAUGGGUGGUGUAUAUCGCCGACUAUGAUGAGGAAGCAGUUUGGCAUCGAGAUCGCGUCUGUGACGGUUGCAGCCUUACUAUAUUCGGGACACUAUACCAGUGCCGUGAGUGCUCUGGGUUCGACUACUGUGAGGACUGUCAUGCAACAGCAGACAAAACUCAUCCCCAACACGGAUUCAAGGCGGAGAAACCAGUUUACCACCCCCGUGUAAAGUGCGACAACUGCUCUCAGCGCAGAAGGUAUAUGGGAUCCGCUACAAGUGCUCUACUUGCAAUGACUUUGAUCUCUGCCGCUACUGCUUUUCGGACUCUACCAGGAUUCACCCAGGACACGAAUUCAAGCAGAUAG